AUGGAAGGAAGUUUUACAGCUUUGACAUACUAUCUAAAGGUUGUAGGGCAGGCGGAAUUCCCCCCAAAACAGGCUGACCCUCCUCCAUCAGUGGCAGAUGGACAAUACUAGGAUGAACUCCUUCUUAGAGUAUGCAAUUUGUAACCGUGGGACGGGCGCCUACCACCACUUAGAGCAGAGCUCCCUUUCCUUCCCCUCCUGCUCAGGUAGCCCCUCCAGUGACACUUUGAACGGAGACGGGCGUUUUGGCGUGGGAGGGAACGCGGCCGUACAUCUCCCGCAGCAGAACCCCGGUUACCAACACCACCCUCCCUCCUCCCCCUUCGCGGGCGCUGCCCCGGCCACCGGGUACCCGACCCAAACCUGCAGCUCCGGCUACGGGCACCACCAGCUCUACCUCGGCCAGGCGGACACGGACGGUGGGUACUUCCAAGGCAACGCGGGAUCCAACCUCAGCUCCUUAGCAGAGAGCUACUGCGGGGCGGUGGCGGCUGCUGGGCCGUACCAGCAACAACACCUUUACGGGCAGGAGCAGCCCAGUUACUUGCCCGGCGUUUACAACAACCUCUCGCCUUCUUUAAAUGAGGACAAAGACCCUGCGUGCCCCUCCGAGCCGUGUCCCAACGCCGGCACCACGCAGACUUUCGACUGGAUGAAAGUGAAGAGGAACCCACCCAAGACAGCUAAAGUGUCGGAGUACGGACUGCUGGGCCAGCCCAACACCAUCCGCACCAACUUCACCACCAAGCAGCUGACGGAGCUGGAGAAGGAGUUUCACUUUAACAAAUACCUCACUCGGGCUCGGAGGGUUGAAAUCGCUGCUACCCUGGAACUCAAUGAAACCCAGGUCAAGAUCUGGUUCCAGAACAGGCGGAUGAAGCAGAAGAAGAGGGAAAAGGAAGGUCUGGCCCCGGCUGCUGCCUCCAGGUCUGCGAAGGAAACGAGUGAAGCCUCGGACCAGUCCAACUGCACCUCACCUGAGGCCUCCCCCAGCUCCGUGUCCUCCUGA